AUGACUACCGACAAUGCGUCUAAUAAUAACACACUCUAUGAUAGCAUCAGGGGGACACUUGAAACGCUUAACUUACCAAAUGGGCCGCUGAUUGAGCGUAUACUUUGCAUGGCACAUGUGAUUCAACUCAGUCUGACUGAGCUUCUUGGUAAGAUGGAAGCAGUGCUAAAGAAUGACCGAGAAAAGAUAGAUUGGACAGAGGCAGAUGAGGAGAAUCAACCCCAGCAGGAAAACAAACCGAUUUUGCAUACUCUGAAUAAAAUUCGGCAACUGGUAAUCUACGUGAACAGAAGCUCUACCCACCGAGAGCACUUCCUAAAUCUUCAGGCAAAGGAGCCAAAGCUUGUUCUAAUAUGA